CUCAAGCAUUAGCACCAACAAGCUCUGAGCAUCAUCAGUCUCUGGAAAGCCUUCUGAAUUAGACAAGGGCUGCCUCUCAGCACAGCUACAAAACACUUUAAACCUGACCAGCUAAAUGGAUAAACCUAGCCUGCAUAGCUUUUAAACUGGGGUCUCAUACAGCACAGGAGGCCUACUUGCUGGAAGAACUGAAAAUCCAGAGGAUGAAUUGCUUUAUCUGAGAAUGGCAAAAGCCAGCACAAUAAGGAAUGCCAGGUAUUCUGAAGAUUUUUUUUUUUUUUUUUUUUUUUUUUCUCCUCUCUUUUUACAGAGAAGUUGGUUACCUUCGAGAUGGGCUGUAGCUCUUUUGCACAGAUUGCCAAUUACUGCUGAUGGAUCUCUGGUGAAUUACACAAUGAUGCUCAGAGCCUAGAGGCCCUCCCCCACCCCCCUACUGCUUCCACCUCCCUGCCCCCCAUCCCACCCCAUGCUGAAUUUUUUUUCAUGUACAUAUAUAUAUAUAUUUUUGUCUGUCCUCUCCGGGGAAGUUUGUGUGGGGCUACUAGCUCACAUGCGGGAUCAGAAUUGUGUGAAUGACAGCCGCACUGUGUCAUGAAGGUGGUGGUGGUUUCAGCACGAGAGACCAAAUAAGAAGAACGCUGAGAGAGGGGGGAACCGUUUUGGAUGACAAAGGAUGGGUUUCCAUUUAAUUACGCAGCUGAGAGGCAUGCGUGUGGUGCUAGUGCUACUUCCUACACUGCUGCUUGUUAUGCUCACGGGGGCUCAGAGAGCUUGCCCAAAGAACUGCAGAUGUGAUGGCAAAAUUGUGUACUGUGAGUCUCACGCUUUUGCAGAUAUUCCUGAGAACAUUUCUGGAGGGUCACAAGGCUUAUCGUUAAGGUUCAACAGCAUUCAGAAACUCAAAUCCAAUCAGUUUGCCAGCCUUAACCAGCUUAUAUGGCUUUAUCUUGACCAUAAUUACAUUAGCUCAGUGGAUGAAGAUGCAUUUCAAGGCAUCCGUAGACUGAAAGAAUUAAUUCUAAGCUCCAACAAAAUUACCUAUCUGCACAAUAAAACAUUUCACCCGGUUCCCAAUCUCCGCAGUCUGGACCUUUCCUACAAUAAGCUUCAGACAUUGCAAUCUGAACAAUUUAAAGGCCUUCGGAAACUUAUCAUUUUGCACUUGAGAUCUAACUCAUUAAAGACUGUACCAAUCAGAGUUUUUCAAGACUGUCGAAAUCUUGACUUUCUGGAUUUGGGUUAUAAUCGUCUUCGAAGCUUAUCGCGAAAUGCUUUUGCUGGACUUUUGAAGUUAAAAGAGCUCCACUUGGAGCACAAUCAGUUUUCCAAGAUCAACUUUGCUCAUUUUCCACGUCUCUUCAACCUCCGUUCAAUUUACUUACAAUGGAACAGAAUUCGCUCCAUUAGCCAAGGCUUGACAUGGACUUGGAGUUCCUUACACAACUUGGAUUUAUCAGGGAAUGAUAUCCAAGGAAUUGAGCCGGGCACAUUUAAAUGUUUGCCCAAUUUGCAAAAAUUGAAUUUGGAUUCCAACAAGCUUACCAACAUCUCACAGGAAACUGUCAAUGCAUGGAUAUCAUUAGUAUCCAUCACUUUGUCUGGGAAUAUGUGGGAAUGCAGUCGGAGCAUUUGUCCUCUAUUUUAUUGGCUUAAGAAUUUCAAAGGAAAUAAGGAAAGCACCAUGAUAUGUGCAGGACCUAAGCACAUCCAAGGUGAAAAGGUUAGUGAUGCAGUGGAAACAUAUAAUAUCUGCUCUGAAGUCCAGGUGGUCAACACAGAAAAAUCACACGUGGUACCCCAAACUCCCCAGAAGCCUCUGAUUAUCCCUAAACCUACAACCUUGAAAUCUGAUCCUAGCCGGUCCACCCUUGAAACACCAAGCCCUUCCCCAGGGUUUCAGAUUCCUGGCACAGAGCAAGAGUAUGAGCAUGUUUCAUUCCACAAAAUUAUUGCAGGGAGCGUGGCUCUCUUUCUUUCGGUGGCUAUGAUCCUCUUGGUAAUCUAUGUGUCUUGGAAACGCUACCCAGCCAGCAUGAAACAACUUCAGCAACACUCUCUUAUGAAGAGGCGGCGGAAAAAGACCAGAGAGUCUGAGAGACAAAUGAAUUCCCCUUUACAGGAGUAUUAUGUGGACUACAAGCCUACAAACUCUGAGACCAUGGAUAUAUCGGUUAAUGGAUCUGGGCCCUGCACAUAUACCAUCUCUGGCUCCAGGGAAUGUGAGAUCCUACACCAUGUGAAGCCCUUACCAUAUUACAGCUACGACCAGCCGGUGAUCAGGUACUGCCAGGCUCACCAGCCACUCCACGUCAACAAGGGCUACGAAGCAGUGUCUCCAGAACAGGAUGAAUCUCCCUGUCUGGAGCUUGGGCACGACCACAGCUUCAUCGCCACCAUCGCCAGGUCUGCAGCCCCAGCCAUUUACCUUGAGAGAAUAACAAACUAACGUGAAAGGCAACCCCUCGUUGGAGAACUCAAUCCGGGGAAGGAGGGCCUUCAUCUUAAAGGAGAAUGAGUGUCCAAAUAAGGCAAUCCGGCCGGCUCAUCGCUCCUGAGAUAUUUAUGGCAUAG